CCCCACCUUCUUGGCACUAUGCCAAAUCCCGUGGACGACGCCCCGCAACAGACUGGGCCUAUUUCUCUGCCCGUAGAGGGGGGGAGUAGACGCUCCUUGCGUGGUUUCCACCGUGGCGUUGCUUCCCUCAGUCUUAUCGCGCUUGUCGCUGUUUCGCUCGUUCUCUGGCAGCACCCACCACGACUUCAGAGGGGCACGGAUGAACUAAGUGUACCCAGCAGGUCUUACGACCCCCGGUUAGAGCGGUAUCAAACGCCAGAAAGCGCGGCUUUCUGUGCGGAUUGGCGCGAAGACGGCUCUAACGAAGCCAGUGCCGAAUUCGCGCUUGCGGUGGACAAUGCCUCGUUGACUUUCUUGCUCUCUCGGGGGCCACUGCAUGGUGACGUUCAUAUCGUGGAAGCUGAAUCCAGCUCUGGUCCCUUCAAAGUCGCGGUGUCGGCCCGUUUUGAUACCAAGGAUAGGCUAGAAGCGACUAAGGCGUGCCUUAUGUCGUUGGAGCAGGAGCAGGGGGUGUUGUUCUGGGCCGAACCACGACAUCCUCACGGCGACCCCAGACAAGACGUGCGCUUGAAUAUCACCCUUUCUGUCCCGCGGUCAAGCGGGACGGGAAAGCCGGGCCACAACGACUUGUCGACAGACCUGCCUUUGUUCAGCCACCAUGUUGGCGAGUUCUUCCACUUCUUCAGUGGGACGGAUUUCGAGAGAAUUCGCCUGCGGUCGUCUAAUGCGCCUGUUGACUUUGGGAGUCUUAUCGGACGUUCAGCAUUCAUUGAGACAAGCAACGCUGAGAUGCGUGGAUUUUUCGCGGGCCUGGAGUUAGAUGCGCGGACGAGCAAUGGGGAACUGAAGGCGACUGCCUUCAUGUUUGGAGAUGCGGAUGGUGCAAAAGCGCCCGUGAAUCUAUGGACUUCGAAUGGGGAGGUCAAUGCCGCGUUAUCACUAGCGAGCGACUACAAGGACAACUCCAUCCACGCCACUAUCCGCACUUCUAACGCCAAGAUGCUGGUCCAGACUAGGCUGUUGGGCGACAACACCACCAUUGUCUUGAACGCAUCGACCAGCAACGGGCCAGCGGACCUCUAUCUCGACUCGACUUUCGAGGGAGAAUACGACAUUCAGACGUCGCUAGGCACUGCCAAGAUUGACCGCAACCCAAACACAAGGGAUCCCAGCGGGGGUACUCGAGAGCAUGUCAUUACACGGACGAGAACGGGAAAACGCGCGAGCGGACUGGUUUAUUGGGGGAAAGACGGAGAAGGGCCAGCUGAAGACGCGCGGUUAGGCGAGGUGACGCUGAAGACAUCCAAUGCCCCAGUUGUAUUACAUUUGUGA